UUGGCCUUCCUUCCGUUCGACUCCACUCCACUCUCUCUCUCUCUGUUCGCCUCUCGCCUUUUUAGAGAGAGAAAGCACGAGCUCCCCGAGGACCCCCACACGCACCCAGCUAGUGCUAGAGCCUAGAGAGACGAACGAACGAACGAACGGCAGGCCUUUUCCCCCCGCGGAGGUAGAGAUGGAGAGGCCGGCGCCGGUGAGGAAGUCCCACACGAACACGGCGGACCUGCUGGCGUGGCCGGAGGGGCCGCAGCAGCAGGACCUGCUGGCCGCCGGGGCCACGCCGCCGCCCAACCGCCGCCCGCACCAGCCGUCGGAGGCGAUCCACAAGGUGGUGUUCGGCGGGCAGGUGACGGAGGAGGAGGCCGAGAGCCUCAACAAGAGGAAACAAUGCUCGGCACCGAAGUGGAAGGAGAUGACAGGCAGCGGCAUAUUUGCAGCAGGAAGCGAGGUUGAGGAAGAUGAAUCAGGCAAUGCUUCUGCAACAGCCAUCCGACCACCUUCCAAGAAUUAUCAGGCAAUUAGCACCAUAAGUCACAUUUCUUUUGCCGAGGAAGAAAAUGUUUCUCCCAAAAAGCCAACUUCCAUAGCAGAGGUGGCGAAGCAGCGCGAGCUAAGUGGCACACUUCUGAGUGAGGAUGACAGCAAGCUGAAGAAGCAGAUAUCCAACGCAAAAUCCAAAGAGCUCAGCGGCCAUGACAUCUUCGCUCCUCCAGAAGACCCCAGGCCACGCAACUCGGAGAACGGCUCGACCUCACAGACGCCGGGGAAAAACGCACAGGUUAGCAGCUUCAAAUUCGGUGAGGACGACACCGAUAGCGUGGUGAAGACUGCGAAGAAGAUCCCCACAAAGAAGUUCAACGACCUGACGGGUAAUGACAUCUUCAAGGCAGGAGACGGCGGGGCAGCAGCGGCAGCGGCGGCGGAGAAGCAGCUGAGCGAGGCAAAGCUCAAGGAGAUGAGCGGCAGUAACAUCUUCGCUGACGGGAAGGCGCCUUCGCGGGACUUCCUCGGCGGGAUCCGCAAGCCCCCCGGCGGCGAGAGCAGCAUCGCUCUGGUCUAACAGCCAGCGAGGCAACAACAUCAACAACCCUCUGAUGGACAGGACAGACAUAGCCUACAACAUUCUUCAUUCAUCCCCUCCCCUCGCCGUCUCGAUCUAGGGAGUGGUUUCUUAGGGAGUUUUUUCAUAGUCGUCUUCGUCGUCGUCGAUGGAACUGAUAUCGAUUUGAAACUUGUGGCUUGUUUGCUUUUUUCUUCUCCUGCUUCCUUUUCUCAUUGUUAAUUAAUCAUUUAAUCCUUAUGGUGGUGUGGUGGUCAGAUUUGUGUCUAAUUUAACAUUUGUGUGUGUGUGUUUGUGUGAUGCUGUUGAGUUGGGUUGGUUGGUUCGUGGAGCACCUAAUGUAACAACAACCUUCAGCGAUGUUUCAGCUGCAGGAUCUUGGCGCAUAAUGGUUCCUUUUUCAUUGCA